AAGGCUUGUAAGUGGGUGAAGCCGGAAGAGGAAACCCAGUGAAUUUCCCACCAGGCGAGAUGAGUGGUUUCGGGAAGCUGUUUGGGAAAGGUAAGAAGGCCAAGGCCCCCACUCCGCAGGAGGCCAUCCAGAAGCUGCACGAGACAGAAACCAUCCUGGUCAAGAAGCAGGAAUUCCUGGAAGAGAAGAUCCAGCAGGAACUUCAGUCGGCUAAGAAACAUGGCACAAAGAACAAAAGAGCUGCUUUGCAAGCUCUCAAGAGGAAGAAACGCUACGAGCAACAGCUGGCCCAAAUCGACGGGACCCUAUCCACCAUCGAAUUCCAACGCGAGGCCCUCGAAAAUGCCACCACCAACACCGAAGUGCUCAAGACCAUGUCGGACGCGGCUCGGGCCAUGAAAGAGGCUCACCAGCAUAUGGACAUCGACAAAGUGGACGACUUAAUGGCCGAAAUCACCGAACAGCAGGACAUCGCCCAACAGAUCUCGGAUGCCAUAUCUAAGCCGGUCGGCUUCGGGGAUGAUGUGGAUGAGGAUGAGCUGCUGGCCGAACUGGAAGAGAUGGAACAAGAAGAUCUGGACAAGGAACUUCUGAAUGUUGGGCAGGCCAGUCCGGAGCUCCCCAAUGUCCCCUCUUCUCGCCUCCCCAGUGUGCCAGCUUCCAAAGUGCCCUCGGCCUCCCUGGAUGAGGAAGACGAGGAAAUGAAACAGCUUGCCGCCUGGGUGUCGGGUAUUCAGCUGCUUUUCUCUGCAUGUUUAGACGGCUUGAUCUGCCCCGUGCUCCGAGUCCGGCUGGCUGGUUUUUUUUUGUCUGGAGAAAAUGUGAGAGACUUAGAUUUGGUGUUGGGCGUAAGGGUGCUCUUGCCGGCGUCCGGCGUCCGGGGUCCGCAGAUGGCCUCCAGGGCCUUCAAUUCGGAGGUGGGCUUCUCCGCCAAGAACUUCAACACCCAAGAGACUUUCAGGAUCUCCAAGAUGUUCAGACGUUUCGAAGCCGGGCGCAGGAUGCGACGGAUCAAGUCCUGGAAGGAGAUAGAUUUCCACGCUGAAGGCCCCCAGCUUCUUGAGGUUGGUGUCGUCGAAGGGCAGGUGGGCCACCACCAAGGUGUAGAGGAUGACGCCCAUACUCCAGGUGUCGGAGAGGAAGGGGUUGUAGGGCAGGCCCAGCAAGAUCUCCGGGCAGGCGUAGGCGAAGCUGCCGCACCAUACUGGUCCAUCACCGAGACGUACGGUGUGGAGGUCGAGUGUUCCACCAUGGUGGAAAGCUUCUCCGCUGGGGAGAUUUCCUUCCGGGAAUUGGGACGCCGCCUCCCGCUUCCCCCAACCCGGAACUGCGUCCUGGUGUGGGCAGCGAAGGCCCCCCACGACCCGCUGAGGGCGGAAGCGACCAACAGACGUGGCCGAGGCUUUCCCAGCGAUCGCCUGAAGGACCUCGACGGCUUGGAAAGCCGCGGCUCCGCAAUUAAGCCCUCCUUCGCUCUUCGGGACCGCGUGCGGUGCGAGGAAGCAGAGCGCGGCCGUCGUGGAGAGAAGACCUCUGCAAACCCAUCAGGAGGGCGAAAGAGACUGCGGGAAGCUCAGGCAGCGCUCGGGCAGCCCUUACAGAUCCUCUACCAGAGAUCUGGGAGUUUAGGGGGUUCUACACAGGAUCUUGGUUGUGCCGAGCAAGCUCUUACCCUUCUACCCUUUUUAUCCCGACUCCUCCUCCCCAGCAUGGCUCCCUAUCCUUUCCUUGCCCUCCUUGUCUCCUUCCUUCGUUUCUUAGCCGUGGCUCCUUCCGAGACGCACUAUCAGGAAGGAGAGAAAGUCAUGCUUUACGUCAACAAAGUGGGACCUUACCACAACCCCCAAGAGACCUACCAUUAUUACCAGUUGCCGGUUUGCUCGCCGACUCCCAUCCGCCACAAAAGCCUGACCUUGGGGGAAGUUUUGGACGGGGACCGCAUGGCCGAAUCCAUGUACGAGAUCCACUUCCGGCAAAACGUGGAGAAGAAGAUCCUCUGCCAGAAAAAGCUCUCCCUGGAUGAGGUAGAGCGCCUCCGCCAGGCCAUCGAGGAACUCUACUACUUCGAAUUUGUGGUGGACGACUUACCGCUCCGCGGCUUUGUGGGCUACAUGGAGGAGAGCGGCUUCCUGCCCCACACCCACAAGAUCGGGCUCUGGACCCACUUGGACUUCUACCUGGAGUGGAAUGGCGACCGCAUCAUCUACGCCAACGUCAGCGUCCGCAAUGUGAAGCCCACCAGUUUGGAUGACAUCCAAGGCGUGAUGCCCAUCGCUUACACCUACAGCGUCCAUUGGUCAGAGACCAGCGCGGAGCGCCAAGGGGAACGCCGGGGAAGUCACAGCGGGGACGACGGCUUCUUCCCUCACACCUUGGAGAUCCACUGGCUCUCCAUCAUCAAUUCCAUGGUGCUGGUGUUUCUGCUCGUGGGCUUCGUGGUCGUCAUCCUCAUGCGGGUUCUCAAGAACGACCUGGCCCGCUACAACCUGGACGAGGAGGCCUCUUCGUCCUCCUCAGGAGAUGACUUUGACCAAGGGGACAAUGGGUGGAAGAUCAUCCACACGGACGUCUUCAGGUUCCCACCCUACCGCAGCCUCCUCUGCGCUGUGUUGGGCGUGGGCAGCCAGUUCCUGGCCUUGGGCACCGGUAUCAUUGUGAUGGCCCUGCUAGGCAUGUUCAACGUCCACCGACACGGGGCCAUCAACUCUGCGGCCAUUCUCCUCUACGCCCUGACGUGCUGCAUCUCCGGUUAUGUGUCCAGCAACUUUUACCGCCAGAUCGGUGGCGAGCGAUGGGUCUGGAAUAUACUGCUGACCACCAGCCUUUUCUCCACUCCCUUCUUCCUGACCUGGAGCGUGGUGAAUUCCGUGCAUUGGGCAAAUGGCUCCACCCAGGCCCUGCCGGUCAGCACCAUCUUCCUGCUGCUGACGGUCUGGCUGCUGGUAGGCUUCCCGCUGACGGUCAUCGGUGGCAUCUUUGGCAAGAAUCGGGCCACGCCCUUCGAUGCCCCCUGUCGCACCAAGAACAUCGCCCGGGAAAUCCCUCCCCAGCCCUGGUACAAGUCCACAGUGGUGCAUAUGACCAUCGGAGGGUUUCUCCCCUUCAGUGCGAUUUCGGUGGAACUCUACUACAUCUUCGCCACCGUCUGGGGCCGGGAGCAAUAUACCCUGUACGGCAUCCUUUUCUUCGUCUUCGCCAUCCUGCUGAGUGUCGGGGCCUGCAUCUCCAUCGCCCUCACCUACUUCCAGCUCUCGGGCGAGGACUACCGCUGGUGGUGGCGCUCCAUCUUGAGUGCGGGCUCCACCGGCCUCUUCAUCUUCCUCUACUCCGUCUUCUACUACACCCGCCGCUCCAACAUGUCCGGCAUGGUGCAGACGGUAGAGUUUUUCGGCUACUCGCUGCUGACGGGCUUCGUUUUCUUCCUCAUGCUGGGCACCAUCUCCUUCUUCGCUUCUCUGAAGUUCAUCCGUUAUAUCUACGUCAAUCUGAAGAUGGACUGAGCAGCCCCGUUCCGUGGCUCCUCGUGGCUCGGGUGGAUGUGAUCGCGCCACAGUCCCCACACUUUUCCAGCUGGCAUUUCCACCGAGCUCCGGAAAAAAAACAACCCAAACACAUAGGCUAUUUAUGAUUCGUUCCUUUCUUGGCUGACAUUUGUGGGGGGGCGUCCCCGCUUUCUGUUGUGGCCCUCGGUCGGUGGCCGCCAAAACGGGACAGGCAGCAACAGCCUUACUUUCUCUCCUGCUGGUCAGGACAAGUCGCCAAUCGGCGAUCCUCCGAGAAGUCUAGCCAAUCAAAUAACCUUCCUCUACCAGAUUCCCCCCUUAACCUUUUUAAAGUGAAAACUGCCUUCUUGCAUUGAAUUGAAUCAUUGAUUUUUUUUUUCCUCUGGCAAUUGGUAGAAAUGGAAAUAUUUCGAGAUAUUUCAUUUUUCCCGGCUGACUAUAUGACCAGCUCAACGGAUAGAAGCCACAACUGGUUCACACGCACAUCCCUAGAUAUUUCUAUUAUUAUUUUCCCCUGCUGACUGUAUGAUCAGUUCAAUUGGAUAGAAACUACAGUUAGUUCAACACACCUAUUCCUAGAUAUUUAAUUAUUUUCCCCCUGUUGAUUAUCAGGUAGAAGCUAUAGCUGGUUCACACACAUAUCCCUAGAUAUUUUUAUUAAUAUUUUCCCUGCUGACUGAAUGAUCAAUUCGAUAGAAAUUACAGUUAGUUCAACACACCUAUUCCUAGAUAUUCAAUUAUUCUCCCCCUAUUGAUUUUCAGAAACUACCUUUUGUUCAAUACACAUUUCUAAAUAUUUUAUUAUUUUUUCCCCUGUUGACUGUAUCAUCAGUUCAACUGAUAGAAGCUACAGGUGAUUCGAUACACAUUUCUAGAUAUUUUACUAUUUUUUUUCCUGUUGAUUAUUCCACAGAUGGGAGCUACAACUGGUUCACACACUUAUUUCUAAGUUUUGGGUUUUUUUUCAUUUUUUCCCCAUUAUCUAAUGAGUUCAAUGGAUAAAAGCUACAUUUGGUUCAACACAUAUAUCCCUAGAUUUUAUAAUUUUUUUCCCUGCUGAUUAUCUGAUCAUUUGGUCCGGUAGACAUUUCUAAAUAUUUUCUAAAUUUAGAAUAUUUCUAAAUUAUUCCUUACCCUGCUGAUUGUAUCAUCAGUUCAACAGAUAGGCUGCAAUAGGUUCAACACACAUUUCUAGAUAUUUUAUUUAUGUUUUCCUUGUUGAUUUUAUAAUCAGUUCAAAAGGUGAAAACCUACGUUCAGUUCAACACACUUUCCUUCUAAUGCAUUCCCUCUCUUCCCAGGCCAUGCAGAAAACGUGAAAAUGUUUUUAUUUCAUUUUUCCCCUUUUUUUUUCAGAGUUCUUGUUCGGUUUCAGGUAGAGAUCCCAGCCAACCAUAAACAGGCAUUUUCAAACCUGACCUGGCAUAGAGAGGGAAGGAUCAAUAGGCUGAUCUCAAACAGGUCAAACUAGAUCCCAGUAGCCAAGCAAAGGGUUUGAAGUCCGGGAUUCAGGAGAAUUUGGGGCAGUUCUAAUCCUUAGGGGAGUUUUUCCAGGCUGGUAUCGUCCAGAAUAUUUCAAGUUUCAUACCAUUUAGGAUGGAUGGGAAUUGUAGUCUGAGAACAACAGAGAUUUCCUUCCACCAGGUACUGUUUUGGCAAACAGAAAUAAAAACAACUGUCUCACAUCACAGAAAGUUGGGAGCUUCCAUAAAAAUUGGAAACUGCAUCCAAAUUAUGAUUAUCUAAUGACUCCUACCAGUCUCAUCGGUGACCCUUAAUAAAUAAAUAAUAAAUAAAUAAAACCAUUUAUUCCAUGCAACUUUUGAAGGGUCAUCGAUGAGACCAGUAGAAGUAAUCGGAUAAUUAUCUUCAAGGGAUCUAUACAAAGGAUUUCAGGCAAUAUUUUUCAAAUUUGGCACCAGUAAGACGUGUGGGACUUCAACUCCCAGAAUUCCCCAGCCAGCUUGCUGCCUGGGGAAUUCUGGGAGUUGAAGUCCACACAUUUUACCGUUCCCAAGUUUGGAAAAAACUAGUGGAUUUCUGCCGUUGAAUGUGAUCACCUGGUAAAUUAAUUUGUCCUCAAUCCAGCAAAUCUUUCACUCUGUCCCACCAAACUGUUUUCCUUCUUCUACCUCCCCUCCUUUGUACAGUAGUCACCAGGUGUCACCCCUUCUCCCAGCACAGGUGAGAGAAAUCCUCCUGUCUCUUCCCCACCUAGUUGAAGAAAAUAUAUAUUAUAUUAAGGAAAAAGAAGUAUAUAUAAGGAAUUAUGUAUAUUAGCAAGGGUCGAAGUUGGAUUAUUUUUUAAUUUGACGUCUCGGUUUUGAGUUUCUUUUUACAGAUUCUUGAAGUUCAAUUUUAUUAAUAAAAAGGAAAUG